GUGUUCAUCUCUCCAGCUCUCAGGGUGACAGUCAGUGUUGGUUUUCUCCUCGUUGGGGCAGCCUCAUCUCUCCUGAAGGAUGUCGGGCCCUCUGACUAACAGCUGCAGCUUUAGCUCUGCGCUCUUCCUGCUGUCUCUCUCCGUGGUCCUCCUCCUCCCGCCGCUGCACGCUAAGUCAUUGUCUGCUGCCCGUGGCGUGGAGGGACAAGGUCUGGACGCCACAGGAGGCGGGGUUAGGCGUCUCCGCAGAGACCUCCGUGAUUCACUGCCGUACGAGGCCGGGAUGAUGUCCUAUCCUGGCGAGUCGGCUGACGUCCUAACCCGGCGGGGGGGUAACGAGCUGCUCUAUCAACCAGAGGAGUGGAGGGGGCAGGGCUUAGGACAGGCUCUGCAGCAAUUGGUGGAGAACGACCAGAGGCGGGAGCAAGAAACAGCAUACUUGGCCGGGUUGCUCCGCCUCCUCAGUGAAGUCGAUGUCCAGGGGCCCGGAGAGGAGGGCGGUGAGGAGAUCCAGGGGCCAGGGGACUUCCAGGUGCCCUAUCCCCCAGACUACGAUGAGACAGAGCAGGGGAUGAGAAUGGGAAAGCCCCAGGCUGCAGCUUCAUGGCAGGGCCUACUGGACCCCCAGCUCACCCAGGCUCUGCUCAACAGAUACAGGCAGGAGAGGCUGCAGCAGCAGGCCGGUUUACCAGCCGCCAUCAACAGGCUUGAAACAGGCAGCCAGGACCGAGACGAGGAGGCUCUGAGAUACCUGGUAUCUAAGGUCCUUUCCAACAUCAGUCCCACCAAGCCCCAGGGUUCAUCAGGCCGCAGGGCAAGGAGAGACCUGGUGUCUGUGUCUGGAGGUGGUGGAAGGGUCAGAGCUUCCUCCAGCCCAGUCCUCCACAGGUCCCGUCGCUCUCUCGACUCCCCUCCUUCCCCUUCCUUAAACCGGGAGCACUCUGUGGGGCUGCUGAGGGUCAAGAGGCUGGGGGACAUGGAAGGUGUGGUGGUAGAGGGGCCUGGUGCGCCGGGGGGAGAGAGGGAGGGCCACAGGACCCCCGACCACAUGGUGGAGCUUCAGAGAAUGAAGAGGAUCGACAACGAACUGCAGCCCCAGCCUGGUGGGAGACCCAGCCGCAGAAGACGAGCCCUGAACUACGACCCCAUAAUCUAUGACCCCGAGCUGCUAAUCCAACACAUUCUACACCACCUGCCACAGUAGAGGGAGAGUUGGAGAGGGAGACAGAUGGAGAGACAGAGAGACAGAUGGAGAGACAGAGAUGGAGAGAGAGAGAGAGACAGAUGGGGAGACAGAGAUGGAGAGACAGAGAGAGAAAGACAGAUGGAGAG